AUGAACCGGAACGCGCUUCAGGGGCAGCUCUACCCGAAGCCGAAAGUCCCGGGAGGCGCCGCGCUCAGGCCGCAGGCGAACAAGGGCGGACGCAAGACCUCGAGCGGCCGCCCCGAGAGCAAGAUCGUCGUCACGACGUACGAGACGACCGCGCCCGCGCCCGCGACGGCGGCCGCCGGCGACGAGCGACUGCGACAGCUCGCGGCGCGGACGACCACCCCGAGGGAAGCUUCGACGCGCCCGAAAGCCCCGCGCCCGAGCGGGCUCUCCGCGAUGGAGCUCGUCGUGCCGGAGGAUCCAUCGACGUACCGUAAGCGCGCGAGGCACUCGGAAACGGCGGCGAGGCGCGACGGCGGCGAGUAUCUCGAGCUCGCGGCGAAGCUCCGUAAAUUCCCGAACAGCACGGAAUUCGUGUAUCUGCGUCGGCUGGAUAAGAGCCCGAACGAUUACGAUCCGUACGCGCUCGUGAUGAAGCCGUAUGAGGACGUGGACCCCGCGGACUACUACACGAUGAGCGUGCAGGGCAUCACGCGGUUCGUCGAGGGCGUCGACGCGGAGUUCACGACGCUGGAGCAGUGGGAACGCGAGUACAAGCUGUUCUACGCGAUGCGCGACCUGAAGGUGUUCAGUAAGUUUCGCCCGUGGAAAGGGUUCAGCACGUGGAUCGGGCGCGUGCGACACUCGAAGAUGAAGCGCGCGCAGAAGGCGAUCGAGAAGCGGCUGUUCUGUUUAGAUCCGCUGUUCCAAGCCGCGACGCUCGCGGUGCGGGCGCGAUGUUUCGAGCUCAGCGAAACGCGGCUCUCCAAGCUCAAAGUCGGCGAGAUUCGAACGCUCGAGGAGUUCCGCGGGGAUCAGGCGGCGGCGCGGGAAGAGAUGCGACGGACGAUCCACGAGUUUGGCGAGAACACGAUCGCGCUCGUGGACGGCGCGUGCGACGGCGCGAUGGAAGACUUGGAGCGUCGACUGAAUGAUUUUUACGGCGCCGAGGCGGAGGACGACGCGAUCCGCGAAGAUCGCGUCGGGCACGAGACGGAGAAGAUCGACGACAAAGUCAAUGCGCGGGUGUCCUCGACGCUGUCCGGCACGAAGCGCAGCGGCGACGCGGAAGGAGGAGGACAGCGGAAGGACGAGUCCGCGCAGUUCGCGUACACGGUGGCGGCGACGCGUCGAACGCAACGCCGGCGGCUGUCGUCGUACGUGAAGACGAUGGAUUACAUGAUUUGCGACGCGCUGCACGAGGUGCUGAUAUCGUCCGUCUCCGACGUUCUCGCGGCGACGCGGCAGUGCACGGAGGAGCAGUUCGAGACGCCGAAUCCGCCGUACUAUUUACGGAAACCGAGAGGUCGGGCGCAGAUCGCGAUGAUGCGCAUGGUGAAGAUGACCGUCGGCGCCGCGAGGACUUCGAACACGGAGACUGGGAAGAGAAACGCGGAGAUGCAAAAGAUGCGCGACGACGCGAAAAUAGCCGCGAUGGAACGGCAGCACCGCAGAGAGGAAGAGAGGCUGAACAAGUUUGAGCCGAAAUACCCGGUCGCGCCGCAGUUUGAGCUGAAGCUUCUUCUCGCGGAACCGGAAGGGGGCGAGGAGGUUUCGGCCGCGAGCGAGUGCGGCGCCGAGGGCGACGACGCCGCGCCCGGCCCAACGCCCGCGACGCUUCAGUUCACCCCGAGCGUGGAGACGUACGCGAACGAGAUCGAAGCCGCGGUGGGCGAUUUCGUCGGGACGUUAUCCGCGGUUCGAAGGCUCGCGGACGACGACGCGCUCAUGUCCAAGGUGAAAGAAGGCGAGGAGCCGUUCGAGACCGGGCACGAUAACCUCGCGGAGUUCAUCGACGACGAGCGGCACCAGGACAUCGUGCGGCGCGUGAAGCGCGCGCUGAAGUUUGGCUUUGACACCGCGCUUGAGUACGCGAGGCACUUCGAUCAGUUCAAGGACAUGCUCCUCUCGAACCGGAAACACUCGCUGCCGGAGAUGAUGGAAGGGUACAGGAACGGCGAGGUGACGUUAGAUCAGUUCCGUCGCGACAUGAUCAAGUUCUUGGACCAAAAAGAACGCAUCGAGGGGUUCUACGUCACCUCAGACGUCGGCAUCGUGCGGAUCAACUCCGAGGAGCUCAAAGAGACGCUCCUGCCGUCGCCGGUGACGAAACUCGCGGAUUACAAGAAGAUGCUCCCCGAGCUCGCGGCGUCGAUGUACACGGACUUCAUCACGCAAGUGCACGACGCGACGACGAAGCUCACCGCGAAGCUUUCCACGACGGAGGAGUUCGUCGCGUCGAUGUCUUUCGCGGAGUCUUUGAGGGAUGGCCUGCUCGACAAGCUCGAAGCGGACGCGGAUGAAGUGUCGCGCCUGUACGACCUCAUCGACGAGUUCAAGUACCCCGUCAAGGAGAUGGACGCCGCCGCGUUCGCGACGUUGAUAACGGACUUCAAUCACCUGAAGACCGUGCUCGAGGAGGCGGAGACCGCGAAGGACGAGAACAUCGGCCGGUUCAGCGAAGAGCUCGACUCGAAGGUGGAGGAGAUCUCGAAAGAACUCAGCGAGCUCAAGCGAGAGGCCAACGCGGAGAUGAUCCUAGACAUCGACGCCGACCGCGAGAGCGUGAUCGCGUACAUGACCGACCUCACGGAGAAGGUGAACACGCAGAAAGUGCAGGCGAAGAACAUCGCGGACUACCAAAACAUCUUCGGCGUGUCCGUCAGCGAGUUUCAAGACCUCGCCGAGGUGGCCACGGAUGUCGAGCUCAAGCGGUCGCUGUGGAUCAGCGACAUCGAGUUCGACAAGCACAUGGAGUCGUGGGCGGAGUCUCUCUUCGACCAGAUCGACAUGGCGUCCAUGGACGAGAUUGUUCAAAAGUACGUCAAGCUGUGCGUCAAGCUCGAGAGGGGGCUCCCGCCGAACCAGGUCGUGCCGAAGUUCAAAGAGAAGGUGGACAACUACAAGAACAUGCUUCCGGUGAUCAACGCGCUUCUGAACAAGUCGAUGAAGCCGAGGCACUGGGACAAGAUCAUGGACAUCAUCGGGCAGUUCGACCGCGAGGACAACUUCACGUUGCAGAAAAUUCUGGACAUGAAAGCGCCGGACUUCUCGGAAGAGAUCGCGAAGGUGUCCGUGGAGGCGACGCAAGAGUCCGCGCUCGAGGAGCUCUUAGUGAAGGUGACUUCCAAGUGGGACGAUAUUUGUUUCUCCUGCGUCGCGUACAAAGAGACCAAAGACACGUUCGUGUUGGGCAGCAUCGAGGAGAUCACGACCGCGCUGGAGGACUCCCAGGUCACGAUGGCGACGAUCAUGUCCUCGCGUUUCGUCGCGGGGAUUCGCACCGAGGUGGAGAAGGUGGAGAAGAGCCUGAACUUGUUCGGCGAAACCCUGGACGAGUGGCUCAACGUGCAAAAGAACUGGAUGUACCUCGAGUCCAUCUUCAGCGCGCCGGAUAUCCAGCGGCAGCUCCCCACGGAGGCGAAGCAGUUCUUCGCGGUGGACAAGCAGUACAAGGACAUCAUGCGGAAGACGCGGGAGAACGACAACGCGCUCAAGGCGGGGACGACGCCGGGAUACCUGGCGUCGUUUCAAAAAGCGUCCGAGACGCUGGACCGCAUCCAGAAAAACUUGGAGGAAUACCUCGAGACGAAACGCAUGGCGUUCCCGCGUUUCUAUUUCCUCUCGAACGACGAGCUCUUAGAAAUAUUAGCGCAGACGAAGAACGUCCAAGCGGUGCAGCCGCACAUGUCCAAGUGCUUCGACGGGAUCAAAUCUUUAGACUUUGGAGACGACCCGAAGAGCGUGGACAUUUACGCGAUGUUCUCCGGCGAAGGCGAGCGCGUCGGGUUAGGAAAGAACCUCAAAGCGCGCGGGAACGUGGAGCAGUGGCUCAGCGCGGUCGAGGCCGCGAUGGUGACGUCGCUGAAGCGCCAAGGCAAGGACUCGUACUUGAGCUACCCGAAGGAGGAGAGGACGAAGUGGGUGCUAAAGCAGCCCGCGCAAAUCGUCAUCGCGGUUUCGCAAAUUUAUUGGUGCCGCGGCGUCGUGAACGCGCUCGAGUCGUCCUCGCCCGUGGAAAACAUGCAUCAGUGGCUCGAGAGCAACCGCUCGGACUUGAAAGACAUGACCGUCGUCGUCCGCGGCCACCUCACGUCCUUGCACCGCAAGAUCAUCGCCGCGUUGAUCACGAUAGACGUCCACGCGCGCGACAUCACGGAGGAGCUGUACAACGAAAAAACCGAGAGCACGAACGACUUCAACUGGCAGAUGCAGUUGCGGUAUUACUGGAACGACGAAGAGGACGUCGUGUACAUACGACAGACGAACAGCAUGUUCACGUACGCGUACGAGUACCUCGGCGCGCAGUCGCGCCUCGUCGUGACGCCGAUGACGGAUCGCUGUUACAUGACGUUGACCGGGGCGAUGCACUUAAAACUCGGCGGCGCGCCCGCCGGUCCCGCGGGCACCGGGAAGACCGAGUCCACGAAAGAUCUCGGGAAAGCGCUCGGGGUUCAGUGCGUCGUGUUCAACUGCGGCGAUAACUUGGACUUCAAGUUCAUGGGGAAGUUCUUCGCCGGGCUCGCGCAGUGCGGCGCGUGGGCGUGCUUCGACGAGUUCAACAGGAUCGACAUCGAGGUUUUAUCCGUCGUCGCGCAGCAGCUCUUGACGAUUCAAAACGCGAUGAAGGCGCAGCUGACGCGGUUCAACUUCGAAGGCCGCGACAUGCGCCUCCAGCACUCGUUCGCGGUGUUCAUCACGAUGAACCCCGGGUACGCCGGCCGCACGGAGCUCCCGGAUAACCUGAAGGCGCUGUUCCGACCGAUGGCGAUGAUGAUUCCGGAUUAUGCGCUCGUCGCGGAGGUGAUGCUCUUCAGCGAGGGGUUCGAGACGUCGAAAGACUUGUCGCGGAAGAUGGUGAAGCUGUACAAGCUGUCGAGCGAGCAGCUGUCGCAGCAGGACCACUACGACUUUGGCAUGCGCGCGCUCAAGUCCGUGCUCGUCAUGGCUGGCGCCCUGAAGCGCGGGUCCCCGGAUCUGGACGAGCAAGUCGUGCUCAUUCGCGCGAUGCGCGAUUCAAACUUGCCGAAAUUUUUAUCCGAGGACGCGGAGUUAUUCGAAGCGAUCGUCGGCGAUUUAUUCCCCGGCGUCGUCGUCCCCGAGAACGACGCGGGCGACCUCGAGAAGGCGAUCAUCACGUCGUUAGAGGAAGCGACGCUUCAGAACGUGCACAAGUUUGUCGUCAAAGUCGUACAGCUGUACGAGACGUUUAACGUUCGCUUCGGCGUCAUGCUCGUCGGCCCCACCGGCGGCGGGAAGACGACGUGCUACCGGAUGCUCAAGUCCGCGCUGACGCGCCUUCGGGAGGAAGGCCACGAGAACGAGUCGUUCCAGAAGAUACACACGUACGUGUUUAACCCGAAGUGCAUCAAGAUGGGCGAGCUCUACGGCGAGUACAACCUCAUGACGAACGAGUGGACGGACGGCCUCGGCUCGACGUUGAUUCGCAACGCCGUCGCGGACCCGACGAUGGAGAAAAAAUGGGUCGUCUUCGACGGCCCCGUAGACGCGAUCUGGAUCGAGAACAUGAACACGGUGUUGGACGACAACUGCGUGUUGUGUCUCCCGAACGGCGAGCGCAUCAAGCUCAACCCGCACACGAUGCGGAUGCUCUUCGAGGUGCAAGAUUUAGCCGUCGCGUCCCCGGCGACGGUUUCCCGAUGCGGGAUGGUCUACGUUCCCCCCGAGGAGCUCGGGUGGAUCCCGUACGUCACGACGUGGGCGAACACGCAGCUCCCGGAGGCGAUGACGGACGAAACGAAAGCGUGGAUGCUCGAGAUGUUCGAGAACACGAUCGACGUGGGGAUCAAGUUUGUCAGGAAAAAGCUCACAGAGGGGAUCCCGACGGUGGACAUCAACUUGAUCACGUCGCUGACGUUCUUGUUCAAGUCGCUCAUGCAGCCCGAAAAGGGCGUGGACUUCGCGGACGACCCGCAGCUCCUUCACAGCAAGCUCGCGAAGAUUUAUUUGUUCUCGUACGUGUGGAGCAUCGGCGGGAACGUCGACGCGGAGUGUUACUACGCCUUUGACGAGUGGACGCGCGAGGUUUUACUCGAGAAGCUCCCGGAGGUGGGCAACUUACCCACGAAGGGCACCGUGUACGACUGGUACGUCAUCACGAAGGAUAAGGACGCCCCGAAAGGGAAGUUCGCGCCGUGGAACGACGUCGUGCAGCCGUUCAACUACAGCAAGUCCGUGCCGUACUUCCAGCUCCUCGUCCCGAACGUGGACACGACGCGGUUUUCGUUUUUGCUGCAGACGUGCCUCGAAGUAAACAAGAGCCUGCUCCUCGUCGGCGGCUCCGGGGUUGGGAAGUCGGUCAUCAUCACCGACUACCUGCAGCGAUCGCAGGAAGAGAAAGGUCUCGUGAACGUCAUCAUCAACUUCAGCGCGCAGACGCCCGCGUACGACACGCAGCUGUUGAUCGAGUCCAAGCUCGAGAAGAAGCGAAAGACGAAAUUCGGCGCUCCGCCGAAUAAAAAAGUCGUUCUCUUCGUCGACGACGUGAACAUGCCCGCGCGGGAGACGUACGGCGCGCAGCCGCCCGUGGAGCUCCUGAGGCAGUUCCAGGACUUCCGCGGGUUCUACGACCGCAAGAAGCUGUACUGGAAGGACAUCGAGGACACGACUCUGGUCUCCGCGUGCGCGCCCCCGGGCGGCGGACGCCAAGAGGUCACCCCGCGUUUCUUCAGGCACUUCAACAUGCUGAACGUGCCACCGCCGUCGGACGACAGCAUGAAGACGAUUCUCGGCGCGAUCUUCAACGGGUUCUUACAGGACUUCCCGCGGGACUUCCACGACAUGGUCAAGCCCGUGGUGAGCUCGUCCGUGGAGGUGUACCGAAGGAUGAGCGAGGAGCUUCUCCCGACGCCGGCGAAGUCGCACUACACGUUCAACCUGCGAGAUUUAAGCAAGGUGAUGCAAGGUUUACUCCUCGUGACCCCGGAGAACUGCAAACAGAAAGAGGUCAUGAUUCGUCUGUGGGUGCACGAGUCCAUGCGCGUGUUCCACGACCGCCUCAUAAGCAUCGAGGACAAGAACUACUACAAGAAGAUGUGCGGCGAGCUCGUGAAGAAAAACUUCAACGGCGGGCCAAAUUACGCGCAGCUGUUCGAAGAACGCAACAUCAUCUUCGGCGACUUCUUAGUCCCCGGCACGGAGCCGGAAGAUCGCGUGUACCAAGAAGCCACGGACUUCGACGCGAUGACGAAGAUCAUGGAGGACGUCCUCGAGGAUUACAACGUUUCGAGCACGAACGCGAUGAAUCUCGUCUUUUUCGCGGACGCCGCGGAGCACGCGACGAGGAUCGCGCGCAUCCUUCGCCAACCGCGCGGGAACGCGAUGCUCGUCGGCGUCGGCGGCAGCGGGAAGCAGUCCCUGACGCGGUUCGCGACGUUCAUGGCUGGGUUUAAGUGCUUCAGCAUCGAGCUCACGCGCGGGUUCGGCCUCGGCGAGUUCCGCGAAGAUUUGAAAUCCCUCUACGUCCAAGCCGGGAUUCAGGGCACGCCGACGGUUUUCUUGUUCACGGACACGAUGAUCGUCACGGAGUCGUUCGUGGAGGACAUAAACAACAUCCUCAACAGCGGCGAGGUUCCCGGUCUAUUCGCGCAGGACGAGAAAGAACGCUUGAUGUCGGACAUUCGGCCGUACGUCGAGAGCUUGGGACUCCCGGCGACGAAGGACGUCUUGUACUCGACGUUUAUCAACCGCGUCAGGGACAAUCUGCACAUCAUCCUGUGCAUGUCCCCCGUCGGCGAGGCGUUCCGUUCGCGAUGCCGCCAGUUCCCGUCGCUCAUUAACUGCUGCACGAUCGACUGGUACAUGGAGUGGCCCGCGGAGGCGCUGAACUCCGUCUCUAAGCGGUUCUUGUCGACGGUGGAUCUGGGGACGCCGGAGGCGAACGACGCGGUCGCCGCGAUGUGCGUGGACAUCCACGUCAGCGUAACGGAAACGUCCGACCGUUUCUUCCAAGAGCUCCGAAGGAAGUUUUACACCACCCCAAAGUCCUACCUCGACCUGAUCAACCUGUACACGUCGUUGCUCGCGGAGAAGCGCGAAGAGCUCGGCACCGCGCGCGAUCGCCUCCUAAACGGUUUACAAAAACUCGACGAGACGAACGCGGUCGUGGACUCGCUCCAGGUUGAGCUCACCGCUCUCGGUCCCGUGCUCGAGGAGAAAUCCGCGGCGACCGCGAUCUUGAUCGAGGACGUCGCCAAGGAUAAAGCCGCCGCCGCGAUCGUCGAGGAGAAGGUUGGCGAAGAAGAAGCCGUCGCGAAAGAGCAGGCGCGUAAGACGGAGGAAAUCGCCGCGGACGCGCAAGCGGACCUCGACGAAGCCAUGCCCGCGCUCGAGGCUGCCGUGGAGUCCCUCAACGCGCUGAAUAAGGGCGACAUCACGGAGGUGAAGGGCUUCCCGAAGCCGCCGCCGCUCGUGCAGCUCACGAUGGAAGCCGUGUGCAUCCUCUUGGGCGAGAAACCAGACUGGGAGACCGCGAAGAAGGUUCUCUCCCGCGGCACGUUCAUGCAAGAGCUGUUCGAUUACGACAAGGACAACAUCAAGGCCAGCGUGAUGAAGAAGCUCACGGUGUACGUCGAGAACCCGGACUACACCCCCGAGAGCGUGCAGCGGCAAUCGAAAGCGGCGAUGAGUCUGUGCAUGUGGACGCGGGCGAUGCACGUGUACUCGCGCGUCGCGAAGCUCGUCGAGCCGAAGAAGGCGGCGCUCCAGGCUGCGAAAGACUCCCUCGCGGAGACGAUGGCUCAGCUGAAAGAGAAACAGGAUAAGCUCAAAGCGGUGCAAGAUAACGUCGCGCGGCUCGAGAAGGCGUUGCAAGACGCGCAAGACGAGAAGCAAUCGCUCGCGGACCAGGCGGUGCUCACAGAGAAUCGAUUGAUUCGCGCGGAGAAAUUAACCGGCGGUCUCGCGGACGAGCAAGUCCGCUGGAAAGACACCGCGGAGGACUUAAAGCACCAGACGGACUUGCUCGUCGGCGACGUGUUCCUCUCCGCGGCAUGCAUCGCGUACUUUGGCGCGUUCACGGGCGCGUACAGGAACGAGCUCGUCGAUAAGUGGGUCCAGCGGUGUAAAGAGCUCCAGAUCCCCGUGAGCGACGACUGCACGCUGCGCGGCACGCUCGCGUCCCCGGUCGAAGUCCGAGACUGGAACAUCUGGGGUUUACCCACGGACAACGUGUCCAUCGACAACGGCAUCUUAGUCACGCGAGGGAAGCGCUGGCCGCUGAUGAUCGACCCGCAGAACCAGGCGAACUCGUGGAUCAAGGCGAUGGAGACGAAAAACGCGCUCAAGGUUAUCAAGCUCACCGACGCCAAUUACCUGCGCACGCUCGAGUCUUCCAUUCGCAUCGGCACGCCGGUGCUCGUGGAGGACAUCGGCGAGACGCUGGACCCCGCGCUCGAGCCGAUCCUUCAGAAGGCGGUCUUCACGCAGAACGGCCGGACGUUGAUUCGCCUCGGGGACACGGACGUGGACUACGAUCCCAAUUUCAAGUUUUAUCUCACGUCGAAGAUGCCGAACCCGCAUUACCUCCCCGAGAUUUGCAUCAAGGUGACGAUCAUCAACUUCACGGUGACGAUCAAAGGUCUGGAGGAUCAGCUCUUGGGCGACGUCGUGAGGAAGGAACGCCCGGACCUCGAGGAGGCGAAGGACCGGCUCGUCGUGUCCAUUUCAAACGAUAAGAAGCAGCUCAAGGAUUUGGAAGACAAAAUCUUAAAGCUCCUGAAAGAGUCCGAAGGGAACAUCCUGGACGACGUCGACCUCAUCGACACGCUGAACAACAGUAAAAUCACCUCCGGGAUGAUCAGCGGCCGCCUCAUCGAAGCCGAGGAGACGGAAAAGAACAUCAACGAGACGCGAGAGACGUACAGAGCCGCGGCGACGCGCGGCUCCAUCCUGUACUUUGUCAUCGCCGACCUCGCGCUCAUAGGUCCGAUGUACCAGUACUCGCUCGCGUACUUCAUGCGGCUGUUUAACCUGUGCAUCGAUAACAGCGAGCCGAGCGACGAGCUCGACGAGCGCCUGACGAACUUGAUGGCGUACACGACGCAGUUUAUGUUUGAAGCCGUGUGCCGCGGGUUGUUCGAAGAGCACAAGCUUCUGUUCUCGUUCCUCUUGUGCACGAGCAUUCUGCGCGCCGCGGAGGUCGAGCCGCCGAAGGAGGAGGACGACGAGGAAGGCGAAGGAGGCUCGAAGGCGUCGUCGCCGGUGAAGAAAUCCGCCUCGGACGCGCCGCCGGCGGAGGACGCGGCCGCGGACUCGGCUGCGGAGGGCUCCUCCUCCGACGACGAAAAGGAAGAGGACAAAGCGCCGGCGCGGAUGAAAAUCGAGCCGCGCGAGUGGUCCGUGUUCCUCCGCGGCACGCCUCUGAACUACGAAGCCCCGCCCAAGCCGAUCGAGUGGGCCACGGACGCGGUGUGGAGAAACAUCGCGUACCUCGAGAAGGACCUCUCUCACGUCUUAAACGGCUUCGCGGCUGACCUCGCGUCCGACUCGGACGCGUUCCGAGCCUGGGCGGAAUCCGACGCCCCGUUCGAGGCGCCGCUCCCGCGCGGUUGGGACGACAAGCUCACGCCGUUCGUCAAGCUCGCGGUCGUGAAGUUCUUCCGCGAGGAGACCGCCGUCUCGAGCGCGCAGCAGUACGUCGGCGUCGAGCUCGGGGAGGCGUUCACGGAGGCGCCGCCGUGGACGUUGGACGACGUGUUCCCGGAUACCAACGCGCGGACGCCCAUCAUCUUCAUCCUCUCCACGGGCGCGGACCCGACCGCGAUGCUUCAGCGGUUCGCGACGAAGAUGGGGUGGAUCCCGGGCGAGCGAUUGCACAUCUGUUCGCUGGGGCAAGGGCAAGGGCCGGUCGCGGAGGCGCUCGUCGCGGGCGGGCAGAGCACCGGCGACUGGGUGUGCCUCCAGAAUUGUCACCUCGCCAAGUCGUGGAUGUUAUCCCUGGAGCGGCUGGUCGCGGCGAUGUCGUCGCCGCAGCAGCAGAUCCACGACGAACAUCGCCUGUGGCUCACGUCCAUGCCCGCGGACAUCUUCCCCACGCUGGUCCUCCAGAACGGAAUUAAGCUCACGAACGAGCCCCCGAAGGGCGUGCGCGCGAACAUGAAGCGAACGUUUAACGACAUCAACGACGAGCAGUGGGAGUCGUGCUCGAAGCCGGCGCCGUACAAGAAGCUCAUGUACGCGCUCAGCACCUUCCACGCGGUGAUUCAAGAGCGAAGGAAAUUCGGUCCGCUCGGGUGGAACAUCCGGUACGAGUUCAACGCGUCCGACAUCGAGUGCUCCAUGCUCACGUUGAAGAUGUUUCUGGAGGAGCAGGACCAAAUCCCGUGGGCCGCGCUCGUGUACGUGACGGGUCAGAUCAACUACGGCGGGCGCGUCACGGACGACCUCGACCGUCGCUGUCUGAUGUGCAACCUGAAGAAGUACUACGUCAGCGCUCUGUUGGAAGACUCGUACCGGUUCACGCCGAGUGGGACGUACUACGCGCCGCCGGAGGGGGAUCUGAAGAGCGUGCGGGAUUUCGUGAACGCGUUGCCGCUGACGGAGGCGCCGGAAGUUUUCGGCAUGCACCCGAACGCGAACAUCACGUUCCAGAUGCAAGAGACGAAGAAGAUGAUGGACGCGGUGCUGUCCAUACAACCCAGGGCGACCGCCGCGGAGGGUGGGCGAUCGCCGGACGAGGUUGUCGCCGCGCUCGCCGAGGAGCUCGCCGCGUCCAUCGCGACGCCGAUGUCCCUCGACGAAGCCGCGUUCGGCCUCUUCGAUCGCACGGACACCGGGCAGUUGAAAUCCCUGUCCGUCGUCCUCGGUCAAGAGAUCGAGCGGUUCAACAACCUCACGACGAUCGUCAUCGCGUCCCUCGCGGAGCUUCAGAAGGCGAUCAAGGGCGUCGUCGUCAUGUCCGGCGAGCUCGAGCAGAUGUACACCAACUUUCUGAACAACCAAGUCCCGGGCGUGUGGGAAAAAGCCGCGUAUCCGUCGCUCAAGCCCCUCGGCGGCUGGAUCGCGGACUACCACCGCAGGAUCGAGUUCGUGCACACGUGGCUGCGGCAAGGCAACCCGAAGACGUACUGGCUCCCCGGGUUCUUCUUCCCGCAGGGGUUCAUGACCGGGGUGUUACAGACGCACGCGAGGAAGUACGCGCAGCCGAUUGACUCGUUGAACUUCACCUUUGAGGUGCUGGACGGGGUGGAGACGCCGGAGGACGUCGUCGCGGCGCCUGAAGACGGCGUCUUGAUCGACGGCCUGUUCGUGGACAACGCGCGGUGGAACCGAGCGGAGAAGUACCUCGACGAGAGCGAGCCGGGGAUCAUGUGCAGCGAUCUCCCCGUGGUGCACUUCAUCCCGGUGCAGCAUCACAACCCGCCGCCGCUGCUCGCGCCCGCGGAUCCGAAGGAGUACCAGUGCCCGCUGUAUAAGACGUCGGUGCGGGCUGGGAUUCUGUCCACGACGGGGCAGUCCACGAACUUUGUGCUGUGCGUCGGGCUGCCGAUCAAGCCGGGGACGGACAGCGACUUUUGGGUGCUGCAGGGCGUCGCUUUGCUCUGCGCGCUCAACGAUUGAGAAGAGAAGAGAAGCGAAGAAAGAGAAGGAAAAAAAAAACCCACCGACGGCGCGGCGACGCGGAGGGUCGCUCGCGGCCGUCGCGAAGGAAAUAACGUAUUCACGACGAUAGACGUAUUAGUCCGGCGGGGUCGGAACCGUGCGCAACGACGCCCCCGCCGGUGUAUUUUUGUGAUUGGAAUUAAAGCGAUUAGCG